AUGCAGGGAGGAACUAGCAGGUCUGGCAAAGGCCUGGACGAGCUGGGUGAAGAGCUCCUGGCCCUCAUAGCCACCCUGCCGGUUGUCACUGAGGAGCUGAAAGAGAGAGAGAGCAAGCCAGGACAGAGGAAGAGUAACCGCAGAGAGAGGCUGUCCGGCCCCAUGUCUGCCCCUGCUCCAGCCAAUAGGAGGUCUGCGUCGGGCUCUCGCAGAUUCAACCCUCUGAAGGCGCUGCAGCCCAAACGCCGCUUGCAGCAAAUGCUGGCGUCCUCGCCCGUCCCGGUGCCCAAGCCGGUGUUUGACUACUGCAGGUUCAUAGAGCUAGACUACGUUCCCAUGGAGACAGGCUAUAUGGUCUCAAUGCGCCCGACUAAAGGCUAUGCAUCGACCAAGUCACCGAGUAAAGGAUACGCUUCCACCAAGUCUCCGGAGCGCCACAGUCGUUCAACAAACUCACCCUCCACCCCUCGCUCUCGGCGGACACCGGCCCCUCCCAGUAACAGAGAUCCCUAUGGCAACACCUCCCUCAGCAGCAGCAGCAACUCUGGCUCUUGUAAGGGCAGUGACUGCAGCCCCACCAAAGGACGUCACCAGAAGUACACGUCAUGCACGGACAACCAUGGUAUCCGCCCCCCUCCGCCAGAGCAGUACCUCACCCCCCUGCAGCAGAAGGAGGUGUGUAUCCGACACCUGCGGGCCAGGCUAAAGGAAACCAUCGACAGGCUCCAGGACAGGGACACAGAGAUAGAUGAGCUGAGAGGCCAGCUCUCCAGGAUGCAGGAGGAUUGGGUUGAGGAGGAGUGUCACCGCGUGGAGGCCCAGCUGGCCCUGAAGGAGGCACGGCGAGAGAUCCAGCAGCUCAAACACGCUGUGGACACGGUCCGGGCCAGCCUCAGCGACGCAGGGGGACUCAGCGGGGAUGGAGGGGUCCAAAAGUAUUUCCAGGACAUCAACACUCAGAACCACAAGCUGGAGAACCUGCUGCUCAGCAUGGAGCUGGCACAGACCGGGAUGGCCAAGGAUGGGGAGGUCAUACCGGGCUGUCGGAUCCGAGUCGGGGGAUCAGCGCCGGCGUCGGUGUCAGGGGAAAGUCCUGGUGGAAUACCCAAACCGAUGGUAGAUGGGAGGGGAACAUGCUCCUGCGAUGCCUCCCCGGCCCGCUCCUUGACCAGGAGCUCCACUUACACCAAGCUGAGUGAUCAGGUGCUGGCCGACCGCAACGGUAACGGGCCGGACUUCCCUUGUCUGUCAGGUGAGGGCACCCAGGACAGCGGCUUUGUGUGCUGCGGGGAGAACAGCAUCCCCAGUCGGGCCGACCUGCUGCUCGAGGCAGCCUUCCUGUCUGAGGAAACGGCAUCUUUACUCAACUCCUAUGCGCAGCUACCCCACUCCUCCACCUAUGAGAAGCUGUGCACCGGCGACCGACUGGCACCCUUUCGUUGUGCCCUGGGUGGCAUGGGGAGCGUGAGCCACCCUUGCCUGUCCCACCACCAUCUCUACUUGCACCACCUGCGGGAGGCGGGCAUUCAGACCGAAAGCUGCCCUGUUCCCGCGACAACGGGUUACCCCUCUGACCUGGACACCAUCGCAGAGCAACGCACCUUCCGCUCGCAGGCCUGCAGCCCCACCUCCACCUGGAUGUCCGACGAAGGGGAGGAGGACCUGGACUCCAUCACCACCACGACUUCGGUCACCACAGCAACGAUCAUGACUACGGCCACGGAGCCGAUUCCCGUCUCCAAAACACCGCUGGUCCCUCCUUUACCACGUUCCGCCACGAUGUCAUGUUCCAUAGAGGUCCCUCGAUAUGAGGGGAAGGAAGUAGCGGAGGAAGAUGAAAAGCAAGAAAAGGAGGAGAGAGAAAAGAAAAUUGAGUCCAUGGAGAAGGAGGAAAACGCAAAUGUGGAGCGAUUGAUGGAAAUCUCAGAGAGCUGUGAGAACGUGGAAGUGGAGAGGUUGGACAGAGAGGGAGGGCAGCAGCCACAGGUAGAAGCAGUGGGAUGUGUUGAGGCAGAGACACAGGGCGUGGUGGAGGAAGCAGCACCAGGCGAACGGGGGGAUUUAUCACCGCCAGCAGGAGGGGAACAGGGCAUACUUGAGCUGGGAGAAUGCACUGAAGAAAUCAGGCAUGAAGAGACUAAGCUUGAGCAGCCCAGCGGGGGAAAAAGGCAGCCUGAGGUGGAGCUGUUAGCAGCGUCGACCCAAGUGGAGACGGCAAUGUUGAAUCCAAGAAGCCCUGAGGUAUCACCGGGUUUCGAAAAGCCUCACACCUCGCAGCCGAGGAGAUCCACCUCCCACGAGGAGAUGGCUGGAGUCAGCGCUGUGGAAGUCCACGACAAGGAUGCUGAAGGUGAAACUGACAGAGAGGGUGCCUCGGAGGGCACGGCAGCAGCGGAGGGAGACGCCGCAUCCGAAAGCGGGCCCGUUCAGAAAAGCUACUGGAGUCGUCACUUCCUGGUCGACCUUUUAGCGGUGGCGGUUCCCGUGGUGCCCACAGUGGCAUGGUUGUGCCGCGGUCCGGUUCGUGAAGGACAGCCCAUGUACCAUAUAGGAUCGCUGCUGCGUGGGUGCUGCACUGUGGCGCUCCACUCACUGCGCAGGGGAGGCGGGCUGAGGCACUACCCCGCAGGCGGGGGAGAUCUGGGGGGAUCGAACAUAUGAGA